AUGGACUCGACAGACGGAAUCGAGAAACUCCUUAUGAUGGAAAUGGAGAAUGAAAUUGAGAAAAAUAAGGCUAGUCGUGAAGGUUCUUGCAGGAUAAAAACCACAUUGCCUCCUCCGUUUGAGAUUUCCCCCAUGGAUGAGCGCCUCGCUCAGAGGGAGGAGGACGCUAUUCAGAAGGACAUUGAGAGAAGGCUAAGAGAGAAGCAGCAGACGCGGGCUAUGCGCGAGGUGGCAACCUCUUUUGGUAACACACCAAAAGACGACUCUUUAAGUGCUCUUGUGGGCGAUGCCACUAUUCGAAAGAACGGUGAUAUGGUAAAUCUAAAGAAUAUACAAGACCAGCGUGAUGCUGAAGAAGUUGCCCGGCAGGAGGCUGAAGAGCGUGCUCGAAAGGAGGCUGCAGAGCGUACCCGGAAGGAGGCUGAAGAGCGUGCCCGGAAGGAGGCUGAAGAGCGUGCCCGGCAGGAGGCUGAAGAGCGUGCCCGGAAGGAAGCUGAAGAGCGUGCCCGGAAGGAGGCUGAAGAGCGUGCCCGGCAGGAGGCUGAAGAGCGUGCCCGGGAGGAGGCUGCAGAGCGUACCCGACGUGAGGCUGUGCAGCGACAGUGUGAGGCUGAAGAGCGUGCCCGGAAGGAGACGGAAGAGCAUCAGCGUGUGGUGGAUGAGCGUGCCCCGCCGGAAGGUAUUAAUGAAAAGAUUAGCGCUCCACGAAUCCAUUCGUUGCAAGUUGUAGAUGACACGGCUGUGAAAGGGACACGGGAAGACGUGGGCCUGCAGUCAGAAAGAGGUACGAUUCAGCGUCAUGUAGCUAAUGUUGAUGCUUCAUCGGGUGAAGAGGGUGCUGACGGGAGCGGUGACGAAAACAUGCUACCCGAAGGUGUUGCUCGGCGCUCCACUGAGUCGUCGGAUGGCGAUGACAAUAGGGUCACCACUAGUGCCGACGAGUACGAGACCCUGUCGGAUGCGAGUCGUGUCUCUAUCAGUGUGGCGUUGAACACCCAAAACGACAACGGCAUCCUCAGUGGUGGGGCGGAUGAGUUGCCGGAUUCUAUGUUUGUCGAGCCCCCCCCUCAUGAGGACUUUGAGGCGUACGAGUCGCGAGAGCUCCAGCGUUUGGGUCUUGCCGAAGCGGAUGUGCGGUGCCGACGCAUUGAGUGUCACCAGUACGAGACGAUGCGCGAGCCCGGCCGCUGUCUGUACCCGCCGGCAGAGGAGCGUGAGGGAGACCUCUCCGCCGCGAGCAUACAGCUGGGCUUCUUCCGCUCCAAGCAGGUGAUCAUCACCAGCACAGUGCCGCACCAAAGACGGGUGGCGGAGCGUGAACGGCACGGUGAACCCGGUCGUCGUCUGUUGAGCACGAUGCACUGUUUCUUUGAGAACGAGUUGGCACAGGAUCCCUCCGUGACGUUUGACGACGAGGACCUGCCACACAACGCGCGGUCUGAGUGCCUUAUAGCGGAGGAGGAACUUUCCGUCAAAGAGACGAAUGAGGUAGUGAACCGGGCCCUGUCAAGGAUCUCAUUUGGAGAUCCUAUUCAAGUCUGGGAACAUGCCUGCGACCGCUCGUUUGACCUUCUCAACACUGGAGGGGAUAAGAAACAGCGGACAACCUACACGUGUGGCCCAACAGCGAACAGCAUCUGGGCCAGCGAAAUUGAGACGAAAAAACCGACCGCUGCUGUGAAGGUGUUCUCUGGUGGUGUCCCAUUGCGGGUCGAGUGCAAAAAGAUCGGCGGCCCUAUGGUAGAUAUUCACGGUAGUGACGUCGAUCCGGUCGUUGUGGCUGCAACAUUCUACAGUAUAACGUCCAGCAGCAAAGCUAAAGUAUCUGAAACAUUCUUCUUCGACUCUGCAGUUGAUAUAUUCUAUCCACACAAGGAGCGCAAGCCACUGAACCGGGAGAAUCGGGUCGUAACCUUUAUACCGCAUGAGUUUCUUAGUUCGCUCCACCUUGCAGUACGUGUGUACCGCCCCGCCAGUGAAGACUACGACAACUAUGUUGACCUCUACACGAGGCCGGACCGAUACAAAAAUCAGCACAUUGUGCCGAUGAAGCAGGAGACACAGUUGCUUGCGAUGACGUCGGACACACUUGAAGAGCUGGGAUGGGGCAUCGUUCGGUGCUGUGAAGGAGGCAAGCUUCCUGAAACUCUUGAACUGAAGAAGUUGUAUCGGAAAGCUGUCGAUGACGCCCACCUCUACGCUUUAUUGGAUGAUGAGCGCUCGAGGAACGCACUGCGGAGUGUCCCCUUCGAGGUGACCUUCGCCCUCUCAGACUGCACGACGCAUGAGGUAGCGUUCCCAUCAGAGCACGCCGCUCCCCACCCAGAGGAGAACGAGACAGCUGUGAGUCUGCUCAACCCCGACGUGCCGGGGGCGCGAGCUGAGACAUACAGGUAUGUUCCCUGUGCCAUCCCGAUUCUUAACUCCGGUUUCUUCCAUGCUUACCACAACGUGUACUACUUUCAGCUGAGUAAGGUGAAGGUUUUGAACACGGGCGUUCUUCGCAAGGUGCCGAACACGCACCGCACUUAUGUGAUGCAGAUAUGCGUGAAGGACCAGGACGUUUCAUUGGGUGAGGAGGGACUACCAGUGAUAUAUGGUCGCCGAUUAUCUGGUCAGACGCUUGAAACCUCUGCGUGGAGUUCGACGGUCCACAACUGUUCUGAUUUCGAGCUGAGUGAUGAGAUCAAGAUACAACUUCCCCUUUACCUGACGGACAAACUGCACAUAUUCAUCACGCUUUAUGCCUCGUACCAGAAGAAAAAUCCCCCGACAGCGGGCCAGCAGAGACUCUACAAGGUCGGGUACGCCGCAUUCCCCAUCUCCCGCAACGGUGUUCUGCAGGUAAAACAGGGUUGGGGCAUCAAUUUCGUUUCCGUUGAUCAGGCGGUGGUGAUUGCCGCUGGUGGAUAUCUUUCCAAGUUUCCAGAGGCUCCGUCGGCUGCUCUCCUCAAUAACGGUCUCCCUGUUCUGCAUGCGGCCACACAGACGCGCACGUCUGUCCAUGCCUCAAACAGGAUUGUCGCCACCGUGCUCAGAAUUGCACCAGUUACGUUGAAAGUCGUCUCACAGAACGACGAUGUGCUCGCAUCCUCAGGAAAGCUGGGCGCCGCUGAAAGCAAAGCUGAUGAUGAUAUCCAGAACAAAGUGAUUGCUUUGAUGCGACAGCUGCCGCUCGCUGAAAUCCUCGCCUUUUAUCCGUUUCUUUCCUCCUUCAGCCUUGCGCUCGUCAGCUCACCGUCAAAGAAGGUGAGCUUGGAUUGUCGCACGGCCGCGUUGGAUGUGCUUGUGGAUAUGAUGUUCAAAGUUCAGCAAUACGAUAUGACAGCGCGCUCAUCAAGACGGCGUCAGGGGCCGCAGACAACGCCGAUGCAGACAAAGACUUCUGUGACGAUGAUCUUGUAUCACCACCUGACAAAUAACGUGCUGUACAACGGCCAACGUUAUCGUCUGUAUGCCGGUGUGGCGGAGGCAUGGCUGAAGCUGCUUGCAAUUGCAAGAAAUGAUCCGGCUACAAGGCCGCCAGAUACGGCCGCGGAUAACUCGAAGGGGGGAAAACAGCAACGUAGCAUUAAAAAACAGAUGGCGGAUUUAUCUGGGUUUUUGUUUGAUGUGAUUUUGCGGUCUGUUUACCUCUGGGCCUUGGAAAACCCUAGAGUGUCUCGCGCGCAGCUAUUUGACCCAAGCCUCUAUACCCUUCUGGGCAAACUAUGCACGGAGGUUCUAGACGUCCUUGGCGGUUUUGCCAGCAGUGGCGUCUUGGUGCAUCGGGUUGCUCUUUUUGUACGCAAUCUUGGAAAUUACUGUGACCGCGGCCAAAUGCUUCACAUAUACCAAUGUGUUGUAAAGUUCCUUGAAGAACGUGGGGACAUGGAAAGUUUGUGUGCGUUUCUGAGGGUUACCUUGGAGGAUCCAGACGCUAUCACCUUGAUGCUGCCAUCUUCCGCCCACGCGAAGCCGGUGUUUUUGACAAGCAUAUUCGUCGAUGCACUUUCACACCUGGUGGUGCACAGGGAUCGUGACACACGAGCUGGAGCGGUAUCUGUGCUGUACGUAUUUCUCUGCAGCCUUGCAAACAGCCCACGUAUUCCUGCUUCAAGCCUAAGGUGGCUGGCCUCCCAGCUCCUCGUAUUGUUACGCUUUGUCUCAUUACAGUGGAAGACGUAUGUGCAGUUUCAUGAAAAGCUGGACGCUCCUGUUGCUUUAAAUGACAAGCGCCAGCUCGUUGUAUCUAUGAUGUGGAUCGUGUACUAUUGUCCGCGUGAGGUGAUACGCCAAUGGCUUCUGAAUGAGGACAACGACAAGGCACUCGCCGGCUUUAUGAGUCUUGUGGCGGACACGCAGUCUCUUCUACGCUAUAGCGCAGGUGCGGACAAGGUAGACCCGCGAGUAAGGAAGUCCCAAGACACCGAACUAAGGGAGUGGGAUGCGCGUAUGUCGACCUUCGCGUCGGCCAUCGGUUCGCGGAUCUGCAGCAUUUUACUCGAGGAUAUCCCACAUGUUUUGCAGACCGUGCGAAAGGAGAAGGCAAAUGUUGCGGUUUUUCCCUUUUUCGUUAUGCUGGAGAGCUUAGUGCAUCUCGGUAACUCUACCAUUGCCCUUCAGAUUGGCUCAGGUGCCUUUUUCGAGGUGAUAUGCUCGCUCUUUCCGGAGAUUAUCAGCCGGACGGCACGGAUGGGCAACGGCAUGGUGCUUCUGACGUUCCGCCUGAUGAGCAGCUGCUGUCAGCACGUGCGGUCUAUCGCAGGACGGGCGUUUCUGCUAAUGAGCCAGUCCUACUUCACGUGGACCAAGUCCCUCGCACGGAUGAAGUCCCUGACGGCAAAUGCGUUAGUCUCCGUGGCAGAGUCGAAGGCACGAAAUCUUCGUCUCGCAGGUCGCUUCAUUGAGUUUCAGUUCGACGACCUCUUUGAAAAGGUGCGAUGCGAGGAGGAGCAUUUUGUACCCCCGUCGCCGUCGUACUUCUCCCGUUACGAGAGCGACGCCCACCAAACAGGUGGUGACGCCGGCGUGCAAUACCGCUACCGCGUCGAGCCGCAGUUUCUCUCGGUGCAGCGGCGUAUUUCGGUAUCGCAUUACCUCUUAGAGGGUGAGGGUAAAGAGAGUAAUAAGAAGAGGACAAGCGUCAUGGGUGGUGUGGAUGGCAAUGAAGCCAAGCCACCACGCUUCUCCGAGGAGUUUGCAGCCAUGUCGGAGUCAGCACUCAGUCUCUUACGUGAUGUUCUGCGUCUUCAGGUUGAUACCUCGAUGCAGUUCAAAGAGGCGAAGGUGUUCGCGUGCUUCGAGGUGGUACGAAAUUUCCUUCGGCAAAACGCGCUGCGCGAGGUGUUGAAAUGGCUCCACCGCCUCCACGAUACCCACAAGACAAAUGGCAACAUGGCAGAGGCUGGGAUGGUGCUAUUCUUCAUUGGGGCGUUGUGCUUCCGCGUGACGGAGUUGUUCUACUUUCUCAAGGGUAAGGAUUCACGUGGGGCGCGUAUGCCCUUUGGUCUGCUGACGUAUGUGUUCUGGCACGACUACGUGCGUGUGCUUCCUGAGGUGGAUGUUCUGUUGCCCGUGGAUACUGUGCACGCCAUUGUAUCGGAGCUUUACGUCUGCCCAGAUGAGCCGUGUUUCACCGUGGAAGGGCAAGUCAAGACACUAAAGGAGGCCGCCGAACAUCUCGACAAGGACAACUACUACGAGUUUUCUCUUGGCGCCAUUUCUAUUGUGGACAAGUACCUUCGUGCGAUUGGCGACUUCAAGGGAGCGGCGGCAGUACACACAGCGAUGGGGACGUGGUGCACAGCUAUUGCACAGCACGGCAAGCGAAGCAAUCACCGUUACUUUUUGCUCUGGGCCCGAAUGGAGCGGCUGGAGCCACAAAAGACGCGGCGCGAGCUGCAGGAGGAGGACACGAUGCUAGGCGAGCGGCCACGUGGGCUCCCAGGAGGGCGCGCCAUCAAGCGUGUGUACAAGAUGCAACCUGGCACCACGCUGAAGGAGUUCAAGGACUACAGCAAGGCGUUUGUCGCCUCACUCUUCGAGGACACAAGCCUCGUCGUUGUGACAGACGAGUUGACGGAGACACUCCCGGCGCUCCCGGAGCCGUCGUCGAGGAAGAAGCGCGUUGCUGCGUUGCACCAGGCACCGAACCACUGCUGGGUCACUGUCUGCGAGGUGCUUGCGAGCUUUGCGAAGGGUGGGCCCGUGCCACCGGAAGGCUUUGACAAGACCAUGCACCUAAGAAAAUUCGAGAAUGUCAUGUACAUCCGCGCCAAAGCGGAGACGACCGGAAAGAAAUCGAUUGACUUGAUGAGCCAACGCAUGUUUGUCAAUAGAUACGAACUGGAUCGCGCGUUCCCUUCCACGACGAGCGCCAUUGACGUGAGCAAUAUGAACACGAUGCUCCUCGAUCCAUUUGAGACGGCGAAGGAAACGCUCAACAACAGCAUGGACAGCAUCAAGCUGGCGCCAGAGAACGACGCGCUCAUCAUCGUCUUGCGGGAGGCACUUUCGCCAAUGGGGGUCACGCCACCGGGCGCAUACGUGAAGGAGGUGAUUUCCACCAUGACCACCCACACAGAUGUUAUUGGCACUGUGAAGGCACUGAGUGCGCUGGCGCGGGGGAAGCUGCUGGUGUGUGAGAAACUCGAUGCGCCGGCGAAGCAUCCGGACGAGUACGCGCUUGUCCUGAAGGCUGUGACUGACAUCGAGUGCCUUCUCAUCGCCCUUGUGGAUGCGCCGUACGACGACGUUGAUAACGAAUAG